AAAUGUUUUGUAUAGUAAAACUAACAUUAGUGUAAUUGAAGAAACCUGAAUAUAGCCGGAUUGUUUACAUUUCUGGGAGAAGUAUUUUUUUAAUACAAUAGCGGAGACAUUUUAUAUUAAUUUUGAAUACAAUUCUUAAUACGCGCUACCAUCAGUUUUCAAGAAAAAGUUGCUUGGGAAAAUGCCCCAGGAUGUGGACGAGGAAAAUAAGUCAAGAAGCAACCCAACCCAAGAAGAUCCAUCUAUUGUGACACUGGACCUUGGUGACUUUCCAUCAAGAUAUAGAGAUGUUUGUCCGAUUGGAUGUGGAUCAAAAGGAUUGAUAUUUUCAGCAGUUGAUCAGAGAAGUCUGAGAAGACUGGCUAUUAAAAAGCUCACAGUAAAACAGAAUGAGAAAACCAAAUUUCUACGACAAAUUCUGCGGGAAAUUAGAAUCCUUCACAGACUUGAACAUCAAAAUAUCAUCAAGAUCUAUCAUGUUUUAGUUUCAACUGGAUCUAAUGCACCAUCUGAUAAAGCUCCGCAAAGUAUGCCAAUUUCUAAUGAUGUUCCGAAUAUCGAUUGCCUUUAUGUUGGUAUGGAACUUAUGGAUACAGACUUACGCAAUGUAAUAUCAAAAGCGACAUUAAGUACAGAAUAUGUCAGACUCUUCAUGUAUCAAAUUCUUCGUGGAGUCAAGUAUAUGCACAGUGCCAAUGUCAUGCACAGAGAUUUGAAUCCAUCGAAUAUAUUCAUCAACAUGGAUACCUUGAUGUUGAAAAUUGGUGACUUUGGUGUAUCACGCAUGUGUGACUCUGAAUAUGAUCACACGUAUCACUUAUCGAUGCCUCUGACUACCAAAUACUAUCAAGCUCCAGAGCUUUUGCUGCAUCCACACCAUUAUACUAAGGAAGUGGAUGUAUGGUCUGUCGGAUGCAUUUUUGUUGAAAUGCUCAAAGGUUCACCUGCCUUUGCUGGAGAACAUGUCAUUGAACAAAUGGGUCUUAUCAUGGACAUUGUUCCAGUAACUCAAUCAGAUUGGAAGUCUGUUGUCAAUGCGGGUUGUGACAAUUUGGAUUGUUGUGCUCCACCAUCUGCUUUUACCAUCGAAGAAAAUGGUGGAGUUCCUGCUCGAACACUGGAAAAAGUACUGCCAAAGGCUCAGUCAUCAGCUCUCAAUCUCAUAAAACAACUGAUCACCUUUGAUCCCGAUGUUAGAAUCCCAGCAGAGGAUGCUCUUAGUCAUCCUUAUUUUUUAUCAUAUUCAAGUCCACAAGAUGAACCAUCUUGUACCCGACCUUUUCAUAUAGAAGAUGAGCUUGAUGAAUACUCUGCUGCUGAUCUUGAGGCCAUGCUUCAAAAUGAGAGUUAUAGUGUGACCAGUUCAUUCAGCAGAAGUGUAGACACGACCCCAUCCUUGUCAACAGUUCCAAGUUUUGCACAUGGACUUGAGGACAUUAAUAUGCUGCGUGUCAAUUCUGGAUCUCUCAUUACAAAUGGUAGCUACCGUCAUUUGCUCAGCCUCGCAGAAACAAACCAUAAUGAAGUUUUAUCAGAAUCAGAAGUCCGAACUAUGGCAUGCGAUUUCGAUUAUGGGGUGCAGAUUCACGAGUGCUCAUUUACCAAAGAUCGAAUGUCAAUGGACUUUCGUCCAAUAUCUAAUGAUGCUGGCUGCUUUGACCCUUACAAGUGGGGUCAAAGUAAGGGCCAUCCACCUUCUAGUCUUGCGAGAAAGGAAGAGGAUGAUGAAGUGCAAUCGCAGAUUAUUCAUUUAACCAAACCUGGAAAUGGAAGUCUUGAAUUAUCUCGUCAAGUUGUAUCUCGUUCUGACACUGGAUAUCAUUCAAGUUAUUGUUCAUCGUCAAUCACCAAUCGAAUUAGUAAUGUCCCGUCGUUAUCGCAUUGGAGUUUGUCUUCUCCUGACAUCUCAUCUGACCAGGAACAAAGAAUGGGUUGUGGUACCCCCGAUUCUGUUAAUAGUCCCCCGUUUCACAUCGGCCCCGAUCCUGACUCUUCAGCAAAUUCUCCAACUCUACCUGAAGAUCUGCACACAGAAUCACAUAUGUAUUCAUCAAGCAAGAGACUGAAUGAUUCUCACCAAUCGUCAUCAAGAAGACAUCAUCAUCAUUCACAUCAUCAUCAUCAUUCUCAUCACCACCAUCACCAUCACCACCACCAUCAUGGCAAACACAAGAGCAGAUCCAACCAUUCCACCAAUGGUUCAUCCAUCAGUCAUAAGCCUGGAAGUGGGGAAAGUUCAAUUGAGCACAAUGACGGAGCGCAUUCAGAAAAUGGACCAAUCAAAAGCAAGCGUUCGAGUGGAAAAAAAUCAAGACACUGCCGAGAUAAAGAAGAAAAAGAUAAUUUUGUCAUACUGCCCAAACAUAUAAUAGUAACAAGCCCAGAAAAUGUUGUAACUUUGUCUCAGGUUACUCCUACUGUAGAGACCGAGAAAUUGGAUAAUCAGGCUGCUGAGUCAACCCAAGAUUCCUCUAGUGAGACUGUUUUAAAUAAGGAUGAAAAGACCAUUCAUACAUUUGAUAAGAAGGAAGUUAUUCACGAACAUUUAGAUUCUAACAACACAAGCGAUAUUACAUGCAAGAAGUCUGCUUUUCAAAAGUAUGUCCCACAAAGUGGUAAAGAUAUUGAUACAAAAAACAACAGCGCCGAUAAAAAUGUAAAUCAGUCCAUCUGUCCUUCUAGUGGUAUUCAAAAUCAUCCUAUUGCGAAUAAUGCUCCAGUGGCCGUGUUCAAUGGAGCAGAUGCAAUAAGAAACAUGUGGAAGGCUGAUUUAGGCAUCACACAGUUAGAGACUGAAGAUGAGCAGCAGAGGCCAAGGACUUGGUCUGAAGGUUGCAGAGUUCGUGCACCAAAACAUCGUCAAAUAGCCAGGCUUCCGAGUUCUAUACAUGAUGGAAAAGUUAUCUCUACUGAAACUGCAUUGAAUUGUAGUCUUGUACAAAAAAUUCGAACACAACUUGGACAAUUCUUUUCUGAUGGCUGCUGCUUAUCCAGUCCUGACCUCUCGGGAUCCUUGCCGAUAAAACCAGGGCAAGUUAAUUACCUUACACGAAUGCGACAUUUUUCUGAUGAUAGGAGAUUUGUGUGUUCUCCGCAAGCUUUCUACCCUGCUGAAGACCCCCGCAGCAUCAUCGCAAAAGAUUCUUUUAAAUCCGAUCAAAAUAUGCCACCGGCAACAUGUGCAGGUGCAGAAAACUACCCCGGCGCAAUGAAGAUACCACGCACUCGUGUUGAGUGCCCUUUUUAAAUUUUUCAAUUAUAAUUAAUUAAUUAAGAUGGUAAUUCAACCACUUUCUAUUUAGUAUCUCAACUUAGUAUCUUUUAUCUACCUAUUUGAAAAAGAAACCUUGCAUCUUGAAAACAUCAAUAACAAGACCUCCCGAAUUUUUAUCAGUGUUUUAAAAUAUAAUUUUAUCGGCUUUUAAUUUCAACUUUAUUGGGAAAUAUGCUCCCAAAAAAUUACUUUUUGGAGUAACAAGUCAUCCAAAUAAUUUCCCAAUUUGAAGUAAAAUUGAACUUUUACACUGACAGGACGACAUGUUUUUUAUUGUACAAAGCGCAAUUCAUAUCGAUGUUUCAUUGUAAAUUUCUCAUUAGCCAAUAACUGUUGCAGACAUUUUAAUUCAUUCAUUCUUAGCUGAAAAAUGUCAAACCACGUACCAUCAAAAGUUUGAGCUAGUUUUUUGGGUAUUGUUAUGGGUAACGCGACCUGCUUCUAGUAUUAAGACUCGAUCAAUGCUCAGAUUAUUUUCAAACUCUUUUGAUGGUGUGCGAUUUCAGAUCAACUUCUGUCUUGGUUGUUGUUCUUAGCCUAAUUAUUAUACUUCUGCUCCCAUGUUGGGAGCAUUGUCUCAGCUUUGUUUCUAUCCUUUUCUUUAUUUAUUAUUUAAUUGAAUAACUUAUUAUUAUAGUCAUUUCAAUGCGUUUACAUCUGUCGAGUAAUUUGUCAAGCCAUCUUUAGCAUCUUGGAUAAAAGUAUUAUCACCUUCUCUUUGUCUUAUCGUAUUAUAAACUGAAGAAGGAUUUAUGACAUUACUAUUGCGAUUCCGUAAUAUCAAAAUUGAAUCUGUUUUUUGCUAAACAUGGGCUUUCUGGGAAGCGCUACAUACCGCUUCUUUCAAGUCUCUGUGCUCAGCAAAGAAAACCCAUUCAAAAAACCUGGUGAUUUGGCAAUAUAAAAUAAGACUUUUAAUGGCACAGAGUUAUUGGUAAAAAUAAACUAGGUAGUUGUGGUAACAAUGCACUUUUUGGCAUGCCAUUUGCAGACGAAACUCAAACCACUCAUUCAUGCUCUAUUUUAAAUAUCUUCACUAUUAAAUUAAGUAUGCACUUGAUUUAGUCAAUUCUCAUAACGUCAUUAAUUUAAUUAUUGUUUAUUUAAACAUUAAUUAUUUGAACUAUGACAGCUGUGAACAUGUAUUGGUGCUUUUUACCAUACCUGUGUUUUAUUUUUUCAACCAUAAUUUAUUCUCUGGUUUAGUCAUGAUUUGUACAAUUGGCUCAAUUUAAAUCAUGUUGGGUUUGGUUGGGUUUUGCACUUCAGGCGAGCUAUGUUGACACAGAAUAAUUAUCUGGUGACUGAUGUAUUUUAUCAUAUUCUCUUGUAACACAGCCAACUGUGAUGAAAGGCAUUUUUUUUAAUAGAUCUUGGCAAUUUUGUUGAAUAUGUUAUUAUAUGCCUAACAACCAUUGAUUAGAAGUUCUUUUUGCCCGUUAUCAACUGUUAUGUUAUCAAUUUAGGUUUCUAUUACUGUUAUCUUGUUUAUAACAUAUAUAUGUAUAGUACAUGAUAACAUUGACCCACUACCUUAUUUUUGUAAGGUAUGAGAGCGAAAACAGCAAGAUCACUGAAUAAUUAUGCUUUGCUUAGCAAGAAACAUAGAUUUAUUAUCAUAUUUUUUUAAUUUCAUGCUUGAUUAGUGCAAUUCGCUUUUUAAGUUCUUGAAAUUUUUUAAAUUUGUUUUAUUACAUGGGUAAAUAUGUUUAUGAAAUAUCAUUUUCUGUCAAAACAUUGGGGAUGGUCUGGUAAAUGUCGAUGUAUUUUUAGCUUGAAUUAAAAUAAUAAUUAUGGAAUUCCACUUGCCACACUGGAAUAAUUAUUUGAAUAUUACUUUUAAGUAAGACCAAGUGACAAAUUUGUCAAUUGUGUAUUGUGAUGAUUUUAUCAACUAUUUGUUUAGGUUAUGGUGAAGAUAUUUAUUUGCUAUUACUUUACUGCGAUUUGAUUAUUGAAGGGAGUGAAAAUACACUAAAAUAACAACA